AUGUUGCACAGUUACAAGUAUUCGAUUGAAUGCAAAGAAGUAAUUUUAGAGAUCAUUGGUGAGCACGCAUUUGGAACGUUCUGUGUACAUUACAUUACCUUCAAAAGGUGUAAUUCAUCAAGUUUUUUUCUGCACUCUUCUACUUCCAGCUCUGUCCUAAAAUUUGAUGAAAGCACACCUUCCUCUUCCUCCUCCUCGGGGCCACCUGCCAAGGUCUGUCUGGUUUGCUCAGAUGAGGCAUCUGGAUGUCAUUAUGGUGUCCUAACCUGUGGCAGUUGUAAAGUUUUCUUCAAGAGAGCAGUAGAAGGACAGCAUAACUACCUAUGUGCAGGAAGAAAUGACUGCAUAAUCGACAAGAUUCGCCGAAAAAAUUGCCCAGCUUGCCGUUUUCGAAAGUGCCUCCAGGCUGGCAUGAAUCUUGAUGCUCGGAAGACGAAGAAAUUGAACAAGUUGAAGGCACCUCACAGUAGCAGCAGCCCUUCCACCUUCACUCAACCUGUAACCAAGUCAGCAGCCUUGGUUUCUUCAUUACUGACUCCUGCCAUGAUCUCAAUCCUCGAAGGAAUUGAACCCGAUGUAAUAUAUGCAAGCUAUGACAGCACGAUCCCUGACACGCCUCAUCGGCUUUUGAGUGGACUGAACACGUUAGGCGGUCGGCAGAUGAUCUCAGCUGUGAAGUGGGCAAAAACUAUACCAGGAUUUCAAAACUUGCAUCUUGAUGACCAAAUGAUGUUGCUGCAGUAUUCCUGGAUGUCACUGAUGGUUUUCAGCCUUGGUUGGAGAUCCUACCAAUACACCAACAGCAACAUGCUCUUCUUUGCACCAGAUCUAAUCUUGAAUGAGGACAGGAUGCAGCAAUCAUCAAUGUAUGAACUCUGCAAAGGGAUGCACAGCAUCUCAAUAGAGUUCAGAAACUUACAGGUUUCUUAUGAAGAAUUUCUAUGCAUGAAGACUUUACUUUUGCUCAGUACAGUACCGUUGGACGGCUUGAAGAGCCAGGCUGCAUUUGAUGAAAUUCGAACCUGCUUCAUUAAGGAGUUGGGAAAAGCCAUAGUGAAGAGAGAGGGAAAUGCGAGUCAAAACUGGCAACGCUUUUAUCAACUGACCAAACUGAUGGAUUCAAUGCAUGAUCUGGUUGGCGGGUUGUUGCAGUUCUGUUUCUAUACCUUCAUGGAAUCCAAGACUCUGAGCGUGGAGUUUCCUGAAAUGUUGGUGGAAAUUAUCAGCAAUCAGUUGCCCAAAGUCAUGGCGGGAAUGGCCAAACCGCUCCGGUUUCACCAGAAGUGACGGCCUUACACCGGGGGGAAAAAAAAUUGCCUUAAAAAUUAUCCUGCAUAGCUUUUCUUUUCACAAAGUGAUUGGGAUUUUAGAAAUGUUUGUCUUGGCAAACGCUUACAAUUAUGUCAUAUGCACUACAUAUGGUUUACAGAGAGGGUCAGGCACCUGGGCUGAGGCAAAAAGGAAAUGUUAAAAGAUUCACAGCCUAAGAACUGUGCAUUGGAAAAAAAAAUUGUAAGUGGCAGAAAUCUGCAUGUGUUUUUGUUUCAGUGACCUUUUAUUUUUGUGUAUUGUGAUACAGAUUUUGAUUUUAUGCAUGCAUUCUAAUGAGAAGUUUACAGUGUAUAUCGGCAAAGGGAAAAUUGUGCCUUUUUAGCUUUCAAAGUCUAAUCUAGCCAAUUUGGACAUUUUAUUGUUAAAUGCAGGAGAAUUGCUAAUUCGCUCAUUUUCCUCUUAUCUGUUUUUUUAAUAUAUAUAUAUAUUAAGUGAAAUUUGAGCCUGGUGUAAGAGAUUUUCUUUACAGCCAUCAAUGAAUUCUGUGUUGUACGCUUGAGUUCGCUCACUGCUCUCGUGUAAAUAUUCGAGAAAGUGGCUCUUUUGGAGGGAGACUGAUCAUUUACAGAUGAACAAAUGGGAUUUGAACUUGCCUGAAAAUCUAGAAUGAGGGGGAGCCAGGAGGGGACAAAUUCUAGAAAUAAUUUUAUUUGAGAAGAUUCUGGAUAAUGUAUGUCACCUGUAGGAGCCCACAACCUGAGAUUGUGUUGGUUAGAGGGAUGUAAUAUUUGCCACUUGCGAAGGGAUGAGCAGUUUCUAGAAAUUGCGUUCUCAGUAGGUACCUACACCUUUUUACUUCAUAUGGCCAUUGGUUCAUGUUCACUAUCAGAUGUUUAGCCAUGCUCCAUAAUGGAGCAAGCACAGUUUCUAUAACAAGUUCCAGGAUAUUAUUUAGGAAAAUGCCUUCGGCUUCAAUGGCACGGAUGCAUUCCUUGGUAUAACCAUAUUGUAGAGUUUGAAAUGAUCAGUAUAGUGUCGAAUAGGUUUUAUUCUGGCAAAAAAAGAUUUAUUUUUUAAACUUGGACAUAUAGAUCUAAUUGCAAUCUACAUAUUAUUCAGUACAUUUUUGGUCGAUCUGUUUGUUGUAUCCAUGCUGUUCUCUGGUAUGCACUGUGGGAUAUAUUGUCAGAAAAUAUUAUUUGGGAAUGGAAUUCCACUUUUGUCAACAGUGGUAAGAGGUAAAGUGAUGGUGAAAAACGCAUACAGUGGUGACACAUCCACGAGUAGCGGAACCACUGAGUGCUUCAGAAGCAAAUCAUACAGUAUCAAUAAGCUAAAACAUAUUGUACAUUUUUCUUCCCUCCCCCACACAAAUGUCUUGGUACCACCUGUGUUUCAGGUCAAGACGGAUAACCCAUCAAAGCUGUGAAUCUCGCUGCCACUGAUGUUAUUUUAUAAUCAAGUGUAAUUUAAGUGCAGCAAAUGGGACAAAACAUGUUCAGUGUUUCUCUCCUAUUGAACUCGGGCUGGUGACUUUGGGCACAAGCCCAUGACCUGGUAAGAAGUAAUUAAUCUGAACAUAGAUGUCAGUGUGACACCUGUCAGGGUUAAGUACUUUUGUAAGAUGGGAAGCCCUCAGACCUCAUUGUUUAUUAAGCCACUUCCAACAGCUUAUGGUUGAAACAACUUCUUGUAUAUAUGAGCUUUCAAGCCCUCUUGUUUGCUAUUAUGUAAUUUUCCUUAGGUCUCUAGAUAAUAUCACUUGUCAAGCAACUACAUCAUAUCCCGACCCUCAUCAGUGUGUUUAUUUGCUCGAUGUUUUAAAAGAUACACACUGCUUGUUCCCAUCAAUGAUUUUUCUUAAAUCAACAACAACAAAAAAUGGUGCGAACCAUAUUUCUGGUAGCAUCACAGGCUAAUGUAGACCAAAGUAAUAAUACACAUGUUGAAAUAUUAAGUAAAACCAUGCUCCUGAAGACGACAGUUUGGGGUUUUUAUAUGGGAAACAAAUUUUAUGUGCAUGUUUAACAAUGUGCCUACCAUGAAGAUACUACAGCUAUGUGUCUUCUUCCUAGAACAUCCAACCAACGUAUUCAAUCCCUUGAGAGCUCACUAUAUCUAGCUCACACCCAAUGCAGCCAAAUUCCAUGUCCAUGCUUUUGUCACCUCCCUAAAUAAUUUAAAAGCCCUUAUCGCUCCACUAUCCAAAGAAUCCCACCAAUUCAGAACUCCACUGUCCAUAGGCUCACCUGCUUUAAACUCUGUACCCUCAUCACACCAGUCCUCGCCAGGCUCUGCUGGCUCCCUGUCACAGAAUGGAUCGACUUCACGUUCCUCCCACUUAUCUACAAAUCCCUGCACACCCUGGCACCUCCCAAUCUUUCUGACCUGCUUACUCCCCACUCCACCCACCUACUGCCUCCGCACAGCUGACUCCAACCUCCUCUUCGUCCCUCGUCUCCUCUGUUCCACCAUCGCAGGCCGUGCUUUCAGCCACUAUGCCGC